UAUGCAGCCAAAUCGGAUUUAAAACCAACUUAUCGAACGUGGAGUUUGGCCACGCAAGCCUCCCCUUGUCUUUUCGUCAGGGCUUUAGAUCUCCCACGGAUGUACAGGCCACCUGGGAUCCUGGGCAGAGUUUGGAUAUGGGAGAUUGGUGGACCCCAGCUAUAAUGCCUGACCCGUCGUCUCUCGAUUCCAAAGAGCUCUCCAGUAUUUCUGGCAUUACUAUGUCUCCGUCACGCCAGAACUCCAUCCGUUCAUUGCACUCCACCAUUACUCUGCCCAAACACUCCUACACUGUCCUGAGUGCCUUCUGCACUGAGGAGAACAUCUCCCAGUGCGUCUCCUACAUCAGUCAGGAGUUGUGUUCUCUGGGCCUGUCGGGUGUGUGUCUGGAACCCAGUGGUGUUGGAGAAGGCCUGAACCCUGUGGCUGUGAUAAACCUCCUGUAUGAACUCCUGCAGCUGCAUCGCAGAGCCCAGCGCACUUUAAGCGACCUGGAGACACAACAGCUGAAGAGCUCCAGCGAUCUCGAGCACAUGCACCACUGCAACUCCAGACUGAAGGACCAACUGGAGCACAGUCGCAGAGAGAAUUCAGGGCUACAUGAAGGAGAAAGACAACUCCAGCUCAAAAUCAAGACCUUACAGAACUGCCUCAAAUCUGAAAAAGAGGAAGUGCAGAAACUCCAGAGCAUCAUUGCCAGUCGCGCUACCCAGUACAGCCAUGAUGCCAAGAGGAAAGAGAGAGAGUGUGCCAAGCUGAAAGAACGGCUCAACCAGCUGCUCGUGGACAAACGUGACAAAAAACUAGCCAUUGAGAUGUCAAACUGCGUGGGCCGGUCAGACGGAAAGAGAGGCCUGUGGAAAACGGGGAAGGUGGAAGCAAGACAUGAAGGUGACAUGUACAAGGCUCUGCUGAAUGACUAUGAAGCCAGGCAGAGAGCCCUGGUGCAGGAGAACUCUGAGCUGAAGAAGGUGCUGCAGCACAUGAAGAAGGACAUGAUUUCCAUCCUGAGUCCAAAGAAAGCCAGUGGAACCAACAUUCAGCUCCCCGAGGACAGUCUGGAGCAGGCGGGCUCAGAUGUUGAGGAGGACACAUGUGACUCCAGCCGGGAGGCCCUCGAACAGUCAUGUGAACUUGCACGAGAACAGCUCACCAACAGCAUUCGACUACAGUGGAGAAGACUGAAAAGCCACAUGGAAAAACUUGACAGCCAAGCAUCCCUGGCAGCGAGUCAGGAGGAAGAUGUGGUCUCACGCCGAGAGCAUGAGGAAGAGAUACAGAGGAUGAGACUGGAGCUUCAGCAGUGUAAAGACUUCAUACGUACACAACAACAGCUCUUACAGCAACAGCUUAGUGCUCCAUGUGAUGAGGAGACAGCUGCCCUGCUGGAGGACUGCUAUAAUCUGGAGGAGAGUGAACGAUUAAAAGAGGAGUGGAGACUUUUCAACGAACAGAGGAAAAACUUUGAGAGAGAGAGAAAGAACUUCACUGAGGCCGCAAUACGCCUGGGCCACGAGAGGAGGGCUUUUGAGGAAGACCGUGCCCUGUGGCUGAAGAAUCAGUUUUUGAACAUGACGCCGUUUGCGGAUCGAAAGAGACCUGCCGUCUCUGAAUCACACACUGCCUUAUCAGUCAGCACAGAGCCAGAGGCCAAGCUCCUGUCCACUCCAGCCCCGCUGACCAAAUCCCAGUCCUGCUCUGGCUUCUUCACGCCUAAAGCUGCUCCAGCCAGGAUGCCCUCCACCGCUGACCUCUACCGCACACUCUGCCUCAUACCGGAGAGCAGUUCUUCCAGAACCCAUGGGAAACGUGGGAACAGUGGCAAUCAGAGCAACAACACUUUGACCAAGUCACGUCUACAGACUGGACUCACAGAUUGCAGCAUAUACUCACUGGUCGGAAAUGAGAACAGCCCCAUCUAGGGGCCAACAUGUGUCAUGUGUCAUAGCACUACAAGACUCCAUGCACCAAAUCAGUAGCAAUCCAUGUGCUGAAAACAGAACAGAAACACACUGGGGAAGGGCAGAUGUAUUUCCUCAAUAAUAUAUUGUGAGGGAAAUGUUUACAUGUCAUUCCCCCUUUGACCUUUGAUUUAUUAUCGGUUAAAGUUUUUCCCGGUCUGGGAAGAUUAAAUGGACGUUUUAAUGGACUUUAAUGGCAAUCUGAGGUGCCUAGUCUUGUUGGUCUAAUAUUCAAUGACUGCUUCUUCAGCAAUACAUCACUUGCCAAGCGUCACGCAAUCUGGUGCAGCACUUUAAUCAACACGCCAAUGUUUUCACAACAGCCCAUUGCUUUCUAGACAUGUUUCUUGUGUUAUUUGCUAUAGAUUCAAAAACACUAACCUGUGAAAGGUUUUGUAGCAAAAUUCUGUUUUUUUUUCUGCCACCUAAGAUACAUGAUGUAUGAUUAUAGCUGGCACAAUUCAUUGUUUUUAAAGAAAAAGUACCCAUUUGGUGUAUUAACACCUCCGUUGUCUGACUAAUUUUUUGUUGUGUCCAUGGGGGGAGAUGUAGCUUUUCAAAUGUUCUUUGUGUAUUUGAAUAUCCCAAGUCGUAGUCUUUGCUUGUCAUUCCAAUGUUUAAUGUUUUUGUUUGAUUCAUCUCAUUGUUCUUGUUUGUUUUUGUAUUGGUCUGGAUAAAUCAUGAAUGUUUUCUUCUUGGGGUAGAGCCACUCCAUGUUGUUGUUUGUUUUGUUGUUUGUUUGUUUUUUAGAACUUAUGAAUGUAGG